CAAAGCUGCGCGCGUGUGAGACGUUACUGAGACACAACCACAGCCCAGCUGACGUUUGUUUGAGAGGAGGAGGAGGCGCCUCGGGUCUCUCAGGAUGCCGCAUCCCUCUCACAAACCUUCAACACAGUCAGUCACAGUGUCCCGUUCCCUGGGCAGGAGUUCCGCGCAUGGACCGAUGAGAGGGAAAACGCGUGGUUCUGAUGGAGAGGGGAAAUUGAUGGACGUGUAAGAGUUGCAGCCACAAAGAACCGGAAAACUCGCGAGGAGACGAACUUUUCACACGGACGAGCGCUCAAAUGAAUUUGACUGAGUAUUUAUUUAACUAUUAUUAUUUAAUGGGCGAAAUAGAAAGUGAUAACUCGUUGUGGAUAUUUGACAGUUAGCGAGGAGGUGGUUCAAAUAACUCAACAACUCGCUUGAUUUUCUUUUCAACUUGCUGUGGUGAACCGGUUUAUGGCUGAAAAGAAGCAACAAAACAAAGACAACUUGACAACUUGCUUGCUCAUUGACACUACUGCAGUAAAAUCCAGCAUUUACAGGCCUGUACAUACUUCAUAUAGAGGUUAGAACAUGGAAUUGACCAACAGGUCCCGUCUUGCCCCCUCCAUCUACCACAUGGAGCUCAACCCGCAAAAUGACUUCAUGGAGGACAACGAAACGAACUCCACCGCUGGAGAGCGAAACUCGCUGGGCUGCGUGCAGAUCCGCAUCCCGCAGGAGCUCUUCUUGGCUCUGGGGCUCAUCAGCCUGAUGGAGAACAUCCUGGUGGUUCUUGCCAUCUCCAAGAACCGCAACCUGCACUCUCCAAUGUACUACUUCAUCUGCUGCCUGGCGGUGUCCGACAUGCUGGUGAGUGUAAGCAACGUGGUGGAGACCAUCUUCAUGCUUCUCAACGACCACGGCCUGAUGGACGUGCACCCCGGCAUGCUGCGCCACCUGGACAACGUCAUCGACGUGAUGAUCUGCAGCUCCGUGGUGUCCUCGCUCUCGUUCCUGUGCACCAUCGCUGCGGAUCGCUACAUCACCAUCUUUUACGCGCUGCGUUACCACAGCAUCAUGACCACACAGCGCGCAGUCAUCAUUAUCGGGGUGGUGUGGUUGGCCAGUAUCACCUCCAGCAUCCUCUUCAUCGUGUACCACACCGACAUCGCUGUCAUUGUGUGCCUCGUCACGUUCUUCUGCGCCACCCUGGUGUUUAACGCCGUGCUGUACCUCCACAUGUUCUUCCUGGCCCACGUGCACUCCAGGCGCAUCAUGGCUUUCAACAAAAACCGGCGCCAAUCCACGAGCAUGAAGGGAGCCAUGACCCUCACCAUUCUGCUCGGGGUUUUCAUUGUAUGCUGGGGCCCGUUCUUCCUCCAUCUCAUCCUCAUCCUCACUUGCCCCACCAGCCCCUUCUGCAAUUGUUUCUUCCGAAACUUCAAUCUCUUCCUCAUCCUCAUCAUCUGCAAUUCGCUAAUCGACCCGCUCAUCUACGCCUACCGGAGCCGCGAGCUGCGUAAAACCCUGCGGGAGCUUGUCCUGUGUUCGUGGUGCUUCGGGAUGUGACAAGGAGCAGAAUGUCUGCAGAAGGCCUGCAUUAUGACAUACACCGUGACUGAUGAGUGCUUGAACCGACUGUAUAUCUGUACAUCGUGGAUAUCAAGGUAUUUCCACACAUUCCGUCUGUGGGGAGGUUGUACACAAUUCCAUGGACUGUGAAACUCUUUUAAUCCAAUAAUGAUUCAGAGAUCCUCGUAUUUGAAGCUGUUUCGAAAACUGCACAAGCUGGCAAGCAUUUUAUUCUUGUUCAAUAAAAGUAAAUGUAUUUUCCUCUCUAAAUCUCGAACAUGUUGGUAUAAACUAAUUUCUUUGAAGAAAUGUGUUCCCACCCUUUUUCAUGCUAUUGGCACUAUUUAAGAAAUCAGGUAAGAAAACAUCUGUAAAUAUGUUAAAGUUGUUGCCACGGUGCAUGUAGUCUGUUGAGCACAGUAAUUCAUUUAGAGACAAUUCCACAAGGAGACUGCUCGUAUUCAGACCAAUUUCUGAGGGUGCUUUUAACAAAAAAUGAUGCUUUGCGAAACAGGAUUUGGAGUGUAAUUCUUACAUUGCGGUGUUAAGCAAUUCAUAGGACAUGUUAAUGUUUGACGUUACCAAUGAGCUCCCUUUGACCCUUCCAUUUCCCUACUAUUUCAAAGUGGUGUCCAUCCUGUCAACUUCAUCCUAAAAACAUAUACAUUUACUCCAAUGUUCCUAACUGCUGGCUAGAAAAUAGUUUGUUUCAUUUUUCAAGCAUGCCAAGAGAAAUGGAUCGAUAUUAAAUGACACGUAACAGAAAAGUGUUGCAUUUAGCCUUUCGAUGACACGACAGCAAACUCUCGCUGCAGUCUAAUUAUUGGCGUUGUGGGUGUAACUCUGCGUGCCAAAAAUACAUUUCUGGAUUACUGAAAGGGGAAAUAUGGUUGAAAUCACAUGGCCUGCCUGGCUCAAGGCCCCGGGGCACAAGAGGGUUUAUGAGAGAAGCCAUAUCAAAGUAACAUUUUGAAUGGUUCUCUGAGAUGUGCAAAUAAGGGAGACUUCUUAAAGAUUUGGGCCUGGCUUAUGCCGCUCAAACAAGUGGGACUUUAAGCCUGGUGGCCUGUUCUUUCUUUUCGUAACAAAAAUAAUACUUCUUUACUCAACCUAUUGCUCUUGAAUUUAAGAAUCUCUCCUUUCUUAUUAUUUAAUUAUUAUAUGACAUAUUUUUUAUAGAUCCUGAUUUGCUGUAAAGAGGAUCUGACUUUUAGUCUCUGAGUGAUCUUAAUAAACCGUGAAGUUAAGCCAUAUGUCUGUAUUUGAGCCAAGAAGUGUAUUGUUGCCCCCCAUUGAAUUGUUGCAGAGUUGUUGCCGUAUUACGGAAAAAGACUUCUAAUAAUUCAACUUUCCUGGUUAGAUGACAGCAACCGAGGGUGAAAUUCAUAUGUGUGAAAUGUAUAUUUGUGUGCACAUUGUACUGUUUAUGUGUUGCCAGAUUGUUUGCUGACACAGUCCCUGUUUGCUACUGAAUAUAGCAUCAUUUUCUUCGAGUCAAUUGGGGUUAGGGUUAUUAAUGAAUGAAACAGUUGGAAUGUUAUUAUAUUUUAUUAUAGUGUUAUAAUCUAUUUUCCUUGAUGUGUUUUGUCUUGAUGUUACUGGCACAUGGCACAUUAUUCAAGAACAUUCCUGCCAAAGGCCUUCUUCUUAUAGGUCCUAUACAUACUAACAAGAUACUACAGUUUCUCAGAGAUCACCAUCAUGUGUUCGGGUAACUAAAUGGAGAUUUUUCCAUUUAAAAGUUGUAAAAAAAGAUAUGUAAAAUUGUACACCUCAACGAGUGUCUCUGUGAUAUGAAUUAAAAGUAUUUACUUCCACUCCUUGAACUAACAUGUUUAUAA